AUGGAAAUGAUGGAGGAUAUUUAUGCAAAUUCAGGAAUAACUGCAGACAACAGAAGAAACUCAGACAGCAGUGGACACUCAUAUGAAGACAUUUAUGCCAACGAGGACGACAUAGAAACUCAUCAAAUCAAGAAGUACAGAAGGAACUCUGGCACGGUAACUGCAGAGAACACAAACAUUAAAAAUGCUGAGAAAGACGGCAAAACCUCUGACUCACAUACAGCAGAUCCUCAGCACAGAGGAUUAUACAGACGUGUCGCAGUGUGUCUGGGGCUGCUGUGUGUUCUCCUGCUGGUCAUCAUCACAGUGAUGUGGAUCAAGUUCAAUGCAGAGAGGAACCAGCUACUGACCAGUAACACCAAGCUGACUGCAGAGAGAGACCAGUUACAGAGCAGUAAUACCAAACUAACUACAGAGAGAGACCAGCUACAGACCAGAAAUACCAAACUAACUGCAGCGAGAGACCAGUUGCAGACCAGUAACACCAAACUGACUGCAGAGAGAGACCAGCUACAGACCAGUAAUACCAAACUAACUGCAGAGAGAGACCAGCUACAGACCAGUAAUACCAAACUAACCACAGAGAGAGACCAGCUACAGACCAGUAAUACCAAACUAACUGCAGAGAGAGACCAGCUACAGACCAGUAACACCAAACUAACUGCAGAGAGAGACCAGCUACAGACCAGUAACACCAAGCUGACUGCAGCGAGAGACCAGCUACAGACCAGUAACACCAAAUUAACUGCAGAGAGAGACCAGCUCCAGACCAGUUAUGAUGAUGUGAAGCGCCAGCUUCAGAAUCAGAAGGACUGUCUUCAGAAGUUCUCUAAUUUGGUGCAGGCAAAGCAGCAGGGUUGGACAUUUUUUGACACCAGUCUGUACUACAUCUCUACUGGACAGAAGAUCUGGAGUGAGAGCAGACAGGACUGCAGAAACAGAGGAGCAGACCUGGUGACCAUAAACAGCAGAGAAGAAAAAAGCUUUGUUGAAAUAUUGAGACGAGGACAGAGAGCUUGGAUUGGUCUGACUGACAGUGAGAAAGAGGGGGUCUGGAAAUGGGUGGACGGCUCAGCACUGACCACCACGUUCUGGGGACAUAGUGAACCCAACAGUAAUGCAGGAGAUGAGGACUGUGUCAUAACUGGCGAAGGGUCGGACCCUGUAAAGAACUGGGCUGACUAUCCCUGUAUUGACCGGUUUGGUUGGAUUUGUAAGAAAAGUAUUUUUAACUGA